AUGAUUCAUUUUUUCUGUUGUGACAAGUUGCGAAACCAUGAGGAGCAAUAUGAUGUGGUUAACAAAAUUGUUGAAUUAAACGUUGCAUUAUAUGCAUUUGUUAUCAUCGAUGAUGAUGGUUUACGAAUUAUAGAACAUCAUCCAAUUGAUGUAAUAUCGUUUGCUUCACCGGGCAGAGAGGACUGCCUUAAAGGAAUUCUUUGUUUCGUUUCUAAUAUAAAUAAGGAAGCUGGAAGACGUUGUUUAGUUUUCCAAGAGCCAGAUGGUAGUGUCGAUUUCAUUAUGGAGACAAUGGGGAAAAUCUUUCGUCUAAAAAAUGAAGGCAGUCCAUCAUCUAUAAUUUUUUAUUAUUCUUUAUUAUUUUUGUUCCAAUUUUUUCGAUAUGCAAUUACAGAUCAUGAAUAUAUGAAUAUUUGUUCAUUGCCAGUGGCUAAAGGCUUGGAUAAAAAAAUUUGGUUCCAUGGAGAGAUUGAUCGUGCCAGUGCAGAAUCUUUAUUGCGUAAUGAGGGGGACUUUCUCGUUCGUCUCAGUCGAAGUACUACCAAUAAUUUCGUGCUUUCUGGAUUUACCAAUUCAGUUCCUAAACACUUUCUUCUUCUUGAUGAGAAUGAUUUAAAAGUUCGUAAGCAAAGUCAAGUGUUUGAAACGAUUGUCGAAUUGAUAGAUCAUCAUCGCGCAUGGAAUGUGCCAAUUAUCUCAGAAGGCAGUGAAUUACACCUUAUCCGACCCAUCGUAAGAGGAGCGGCAACAGCCCGCCGAUAA